UAACAAUCACUUCCGUCGCCGCAGUCCCCGCCCCGUUAGAGGCUUGCUGUCUGGCGGGGGUGGAGCCCUAGACCCUGGAGCGGCGGCUCUGGUGGCGGCGGCGCUCGGAAGGCCGGGAGCACUUCUUGGACGAAGCCUGCGGUGAUCCGGUCUGGCCUCCUCGGCAGAGCCCCUUCCAGGCGGUGCGGCUUCCCACUCGAACGGCUUCGGUGACCAUGGGAGACGAUUUCAGGCCAAGCACAAGCCAGCAGGACAGGAUUAUCAACCAGAGAAGGACAACAUCAGACGUCCCAAUGCGUAGAUCAACUGCCAGUCACAACAACAGGAGGAGCCGAUCACCAUUUUCCUCUACGCGUCGUAAUCGUCGUACUUGGGCCAACAGUCAGAGCUCGGGACACGGCUCGCAUGUUAAUAAUGAGGACUACUCCAGGUACCCGCCCCGAGACUAUCGGGCGUCUGGGAGCAGAAGAGGUGUAACGUAUGGACAUAUUGACUGUUUUGGGCCAGAGGACAGUGAGGAGGAGGGGGCUGGGCCUGUGGAACGAGUGCCAAUGAGAGGAAAAGCUGGCAAGGUCAAAGAUAAUAAUAAGCUGUAUGACCCAGAGAAUGGGGCAAGGUCUCUGGCUGGGGUGGCCCCGCAGUUUCCUAGUUUUAGAGAGGAACUGGAUCAGUUAGAGCCAGCCCCUGCUGGCAGGUGCUCUACUGGUAGAGCUGAAUAUCCCCAGCAAAAUCGCCUGGUCUCUCACAGAUCUGCCAGAGGCAAGGGGCUUACCAGAGGGGAUACUUUGGAGCGAGACAGACAGGAGCAGAAUUUACCUGCGCGCCCCAGGAGGGCUCCUGCAAGUAUUUGUGAUGAUGGGGAAAACACCCCAAGGAGUGCAGAGGAACCCGUGGUGAGGCCCAAAAUUCGAAAUGUGAACAACUCCAACUGUGUGAAGCCCAAAAUCUUUUUUGAUACGGAUGAUGACGAUGAAAUGCCACACAGUACUUCCAGGUGGAGAGAUGCUGCCCGUGCCGAUGAAGGCUACUCCAAUGGCCCAAGCCGAAGAGGCCGAAGAGAGAACUUCAUUGGCUAUUGCAGGCCGCCGUUCCCUGAAGAGAGGAGGGAAGCAAGAAAUGAGCCCGGUAAGCCAGAGCAGAUGCCACUCCGGCGCCACACCACGGCUGAUCCUGACUUCUGGACACACAGCGAUGACUAUUACAGGUACUGCGACGAAGACUCUGACAGUGACAAAGAGUGUGUCGCUGCUCUGAGGCGCAAGUAUCGUAGUCAAGAGCAAACGCUAUCUUCCAGUGGUGAAAGCUGGGAAACCCUGCCAGGGAGAGAUGACCGCGAGCCUCAGCGAGCUGGAGUGAGUACCAGCAAUGCAAGCCUUGGCGCUGGAACUAGCUCCAGGGCCAGCAGCAGAUCCAGUGCCAGCUCUAGCUCCAGCAGCAGCAGCACCAGCUCCAGCUCUAGUGCUGGCAGUAGUGCCGGUGCCAGCGUCAGCGUCAGCGCUAGUGUCAGCGUCAGUGGCAGCGCCAAUAUCACCAUCAGUGCCAGUAUCAGUGGCCUUGCCAGUGGCAGCGCUGGCACUAGGGUCAGGGCUGAGGCCAGCAGUAGUGGUAGCUAUCCAGAGGAGGUUCCAGAACCUUCUCUUCAGGAAGGGGAACGGGCGACUUUAGAAGAAGGAGAGAUUCCUUGGCUCCAAUAUAAUGUAAAUGAGAGUAGCAGUGAGGGCGAUAACGAUUCUGGUCCUGAAAUGAUGCAACCUGGAGUCUUCAUGCUAGAUGGCAACAACAACCUCGAAGAUGACUCCAGUGUCAGUGAAGAUUUAGAAGUGGACUGGAGCCUGUUUGAUGGGUUUGCAGAUGGGUUGGGAGUGGCCGAAGCCAUUUCCUACGUGGAUCCCCAAUUUCUUACCUAUAUGGCACUCGAAGAACGCCUGGCCCAGGCCAUGGAAACCGCCCUCGCACACUUGGAGUCGCUUGCUGUGGAUGUCGAAGUAGCCAACCCGCCUGCAAGUAAGGAGAGCAUUGAUGAUCUACCUGAGAUCCUGGUCACGGAAGAUCAUGGCGCCGUUGGCCAGGAAAUGUGCUGUCCUAUUUGUUGCAGUGAAUACGUGAAGGGGGAGGUGGCAACCGAGCUGCCAUGCCACCAUUAUUUCCACAAGCCCUGUGUGUCCAUUUGGCUUCAAAAAUCUGGCACCUGCCCUGUGUGCCGCUGCAUGUUUCCACCCCCUCUGUAAAGACCAAGGGAGUGGACCCUGGUCUGGUUCUUUUCCCCAUCGCAAAGCCACAGUAUACUGCAGGAGCCCUCUCAAAGUUAACAAUGACAGUGACAACCAAUCAGUAAAUUAGACAAAACUUA